CAGAAAAAGAGAAAAGUUAGAAGAAAGAAAUCGGAUUUUCCAGAAAACCCUAAACCACCGGGAAUCGAUUCGGAAGAUGGAUAUCGAGCAGAAGCAAGCCGAGAUCAUUGAUCAGCUCGUCAAGCGAGCUUCUACUUGCAAACCCGAGGCUCUCGGUCCUCUCAUCAUCGAAGCCACAUCGCAUCCUUCUCUCUUCGCCUUCUCCGAGAUUUUGGCUCUACCCACUGUUGCCCAGCUUCAAGGAACCACAGAUUCUGUGUACCUGGAUGUGCUACGCUUGUUUGCCCAUGGCACCUGGGGUGACUACAAAUGCAAUGCUUCCCGUAUUCCUCAGUUGUCCCCUGACCAAAUUCUCAAGCUAAAGCAGCUCACUGUGCUCACCCUUGCUGAGUCUAACAAGGUUUUGCCCUAUGAUACACUCAUGGUCGAGUUAGAUGUUACCAAUGUUCGCCAACUCGAGGACUUUCUUAUCAAUGAAUGCAUGUACGCGGGUAUAGUUAGAGGAAAACUGGAUCAGUUAAAAAGAUGUUUUGAGGUUCCGUUUGCAGCUGGUAGGGAUCUAAGGCCAGGACAACUAGGGAAUAUGUUAGACACAUUGUCCAGCUGGUUGAACACGUCAGAGAAUCUGCUCAUUUCAAUUCAAGACAAGAUCAAAUGGGCGGACAGUAUGAGUGAGAUGGACAAAAAACAUCGUAAGGAAGCAGAAGAAGGGGUGGAAGAAGUGAAGAAGUCUCUGUCCAUGAAGGGGGAUGUUGACAUCAGAGGGAAUAAGGAGAUGUUUGGGGAACCUAGUGGAGUGAUGGACUACGAAGAAGAUGGGAUCCGACCAAAGAGGAGGAGGCAUCCGGUAACAAGGUAGAGGAGCGAGCGAGAGCAAAUGGUCAGUGUGGACUGACAUUCCAUUUACCGAGAGUAGAUUAUGAUGAUUUUGAUGGCGGAUCUUUCAACUUGUAUAAAAUCCUCUGUUCUCUCUCACAAUGACCCCUUGUUAUGUUUGUUUUCCCUCUCUCAGUAGCAAAUUGACUUCUUAUUAUAUUAAAAAAGGCCUUGAAUCUAGUAA